AUGUCUUAUGAUGAUAUAGAUAACGCCACCCCUGACAUUGUUAUUGGGGGUGAUAUGAAUGAAGAAGAAUAUGACGUACAAUAUGAACACGAUAUCAGUGAAACUGAAGAAAUGGAAGAAGAAAUGGAAGAAACUAAACCCAAAAAAUCCGUAGCUUUUGCUGGAUUAGAUGAAGAAUUUGAUGAAGAACAAGCUAAAAGAGAAUUUGAAGAAGGUGGAGGAUUACCUGAACAACCAGAAAACCCAGAUUUCAGUGAAUUAACUCCAUUAUCAGCUGAAAUCAUCAACAGACAAGCUACUAUCAAUAUUGGUACUAUUGGACAUGUUGCCCAUGGUAAAUCAACCGUUGUUAGAGCUAUUUCAGGAGUUCAAACUGUUCGUUUCAAGGAUGAAUUAGAAAGAAAUAUUACUAUUAAAUUAGGUUAUGCCAAUGCUAAGAUUUAUAAAUGUGAUAAUGAAAGUUGUGAAGCUCCAGGAUGUUAUAGAUCAUUUAAGAGUGAUAAAGAAAUAAGACCAAAAUGUAUGCAACCAGGAUGUAAUGGUAGAUAUAAAUUAGUAAGACACGUAUCAUUCGUUGAUUGUCCAGGGCAUGAUAUUUUAAUGAGUACUAUGUUGUCAGGAGCAGCUGUUAUGGAUGCUGCAUUAUUAUUAAUUGCUGGUAAUGAAAGUUGUCCUCAACCUCAAACUUCAGAACAUUUAGCAGCUAUUGAAAUUAUGAAAUUACAACAUGUAAUUAUCUUACAAAACAAAGUUGAUUUAAUGAGAGAAGAAAGUGCAUUAGAACAUGAAAAAUCUAUUUUAAAAUUCAUUAAAGGUACUAUUGCUGAUGGUGCUCCAAUUGUUCCAAUUUCUGCUCAAUUAAAAUAUAAUAUUGAUGCUGUUAAUCAAUUUAUAGUAAAUUAUAUUCCUGUUCCUGUUAGAGAUUUUAUGGUAUCACCAAGAUUAAUUGUUAUUAGAUCUUUCGAUGUUAAUAAACCAGGUGCUGAAAUUGAUGACUUAAAAGGUGGUGUUGCUGGUGGUUCUAUCUUAAAUGGGGUUUUCAAAAUCGGUGAUGAAAUUGAAAUUAGACCAGGUAUUGUUACUACUGACGAAAAUAGUAAAAUUCAAUGUAAACCAAUCUUUUCAAAGAUUGUUUCAUUAUUUGCUGAGAAUAAUGAUUUGAAAUUUGCUGUUCCUGGUGGAUUAAUCGGGGUUGGUACUAAAGUUGAUCCAACUUUAUGUAGAGCUGAUAGAUUAGUUGGUCAAGUUGUUGGAGCCAAAGGUGAUUUACCAUCUAUUUAUACUGAUAUAGAAAUUAAUUAUUUCCUUUUAAGAAGAUUAUUAGGGGUUAAAACUGAUGGUCAAAAAGGUGCUAAAGUUCGUAAAUUAGAAACUGGUGAAGUUUUAAUGGUUAAUAUUGGUUCAACUGCUACUGGUGCAAGAGUUCUUGCUGUUAAAGCUGAUAUGGCAAGAUUACAAUUAACUUCUCCUGCUUGUACUGAAGUUAACGAAAAAAUUGCAUUAUCAAGACGUAUCGAAAAACAUUGGCGUUUGAUUGGUUGGGCUACCAUCAAAAAAGGUACUGCUUUAGAACCAAUGGCUUAA